GUGACGGAGAGAGCUGCAGUGCUGUGGGCAGCGUAGGAGGAAGCCGUGGGGAAAUGGUGGAGCUGCAGCACUUGCGCCACUGGCCCUUCCGGGCAGCGCAGCUCCAGCCCUGACGAGGGUGGGCGUCAUCACAGUGGGACCUGGACGUGGCUGGGGCUGAGGCAAUCCCUGCUGGGUCAGCCCAGCCGCUGAGGGCUGGCACACGAGCACUGGCCCCACGCAUUGACCCCAAACCAUUCUCUGCCCCACAUACCAGCCCUGGAAUGUCACCCCUGCUCUCUGCUCCACACCCCAACCCCAAAGCAUCCCCCCAUUCUUCCACACGCACAGCCCCACACUCAGACCCACAGUGCUGUUCGGGGGCAGCUCCCCAGCCCUCUCGGUGUCUCUGGAGGAACUGGGCAAACCCAGGCAUUGCGAAAGGUGGAAACCCCGCUCUGACGGCACUUCCUUCAGAGGCUCUUGAAAACCCAGCGCGCCAACACUGGGCUCAGAGAGCGCCCAACAGGCAGCACAGGCAGGAGCAGGCAGCCGGGUGCCGCAGCACUCAACAGGUACCAGCAGGUCUCUCCCCGGGUUUCGCAGUCAGCAAUGGAGAUGGCUUUCGUCCCUGAUUUGGACACACUGGAGAGCAGCAGGUAAGCAUGGCCGUGCCGGAGGGGACAUGGAGGAUGUGAUACCGCCGUGGUGGCCCUGGCUUCACCAUCUCCCUUUGCCUUUUAGCCCGAAUGAGGAGACGUUUUAUGGUCCUGACUGCCUCUGCCUGCAGAAGAAACCCCAUCUGGACCUGGAGGUGGCAUCGCCUGGGGUGGGCAUCCAGGUGACAGUGACCAAGGGACACCCUGCCAGGACCUUUCGCCAGGCCGCUGUCCUCGUGGCAGCUGUGACCAAGCCGGCACACAAGGACUUUGCUGACAGUGACCUUGGGGACUUCCUGGAUGAUAUUUUCGAGCCUGUCUCCUUCCAGCGGAUUAAUGGCAGCUACGCCGGAGCGCCCAUCUACCGCUACACCCGUUCCCAGUCCUUUGACAUCCUUGAUAUUGACCAGAAGUGCUUCGUGCUGGAAUCACCCACUCAGCUGGUGGCCCUGCACCUGCAGGGACCCUCUGCCGGGCGGAAAGUGAAGCUCAACAUCGCUCUGUACCGUCCUCAGUCAUUGCAGGGUGGCCCAGGAACCGGGCGGGUGCCGGUGGCAUUGGGCAUCAAGGGCUACCAACUCUACAUGUCAUGUGUGCUGAGCGGUGCUGAGCCCAUGCUGCAGCUCGAGGAAGCUGACGUCAGGAGGGACAUCGAGAGCGUGGAGCUGACCCGCUUCAUCUUCUACCGCCUGGACAGCCCGAGCGAAGGCACCACGCGCUUCGAGUCGGCUGCCUUCCCCGGCUGGUUCAUCUGCACCUCCCUGCAGCCCCGCCAGCCCGUCAGCAUCACCAACCAGCCCGACCAGGUCAACAUCGCCACCUACGAGCUGAGCAGGCACUGAGGAGCCCCCGCUCCCCACCCAACCCAACUGGCAGUCGCUGGUUCUCAGGCUGUAUGUACCGAGUACAAACCCCAGUGGGACCCCCGUCCUCCCAAUCUAUUUCAGGUGAAAUAGCAGCUCUGGGCCCUGUUGGCCCGACCUAUCCCCAUUUGUACUUAUUUAUUAUGUCUGUCCAUGCUCUUGUUCUUAUUUAUUGUGUAACACCUCUUGCUUUUAAUUUAUUGUAUAUUUCAUUGGAAAUAUUGUGGGUUUGUUAUCUGGAAUUUGUUGCUAAUGGAGGUGGAAAUAAAAGGUUUCCCAGGA